CUCAAAACUAUCGGUUUUCUACGGUCGCCCUAUUAUUUGGUAUCUGAGACUUUUUAAAAAUGGAAAAGAGGAUCUUACCUUGCAAGCAACCUGCGAUCAAACAGGUUGUUCUUCAUAAAACCAAUAACAUCCUAGAUAAGAGAAAACAAGGAUAAGCCGUUUUUCCCAACGGACAAAGAUGGCAAUAUCAUUCCAGGAACAUAUGGAACACCUGUUGGAGAGGUGAAAAUAAGAAAGAUAGAAGCACCAAAAGUUUUGAUGUAAUAUCACUGGCACGUUCGAUGAACAGUGACUUCGCUUCCAAGACAAAAGAGCUUUUUAACCCAGAAGUAGAAGCUGUGAAAGAAGCCAUUGAGACAGGUACGUAUGUUGCAUAUAGACCAGUUGAGAAACCUUGGGAUCAACAGGAUUGUCAACGUGUUUGUUCUACUUCUCGUUGUUUCUGUGGUCAUUUAUUAAAUCAGCAUGAAAAAUUCACUGGAAAACAAACAUUUCUCAAGUGUGAACAGACUGGUUGUAUCUGUAAAGGAUUCAAGUUUAUUCCCAAUAGACCAGAAGAAGUUGGUGAAUUCUGGUUGAUAAAACGCAGAGAUUUUGAUCGUAACACCUAUCGAGUCAAGUGUAAGUGUAAGCAUACCCAUGAAGAACACAUAGCUGAUCCAGUACCGUAUCGAUGUAAAGCUAAAGGAUGCAGUUGUUCAGGAUUUACAUCUGCUUUUCUAUGCUCAGCAUGUGAUAAAAGAUGGAAUGAGCAUCAAACUGUUUUUGAAACUGAAAUGGAACGUAAAGUUGAAGGACGUCCUGUUGAUGACAGGAUACUCAUGCCGGUAGACUCAAGUUCAGAACAUCCUGCAGCAUACAUUUUAUCAGGUGGUUCCGAAGAAGAAAUGGAAGUGACGGCUACAGCUGUGACAACGAUCACGGUGGUAGACGGUAGAAGACCAGUAACUCCAUUUGAAACAAUUUCACAGUCGCCUAUAAUAACAAUAACUCAUCCAAUAAAUAACUUGAACGUUGACCUAGAUGUCAGUGUCGACAAUCUAACGGAGGUUGUGGAGUUGGUCACUCGAAACUCUGAGAAGAUGGACCAUGUAGAUGUAAAUGAAGAGGAGGAUUAUGUCUACAGAGGAGUUUGUGAGGUAUCCUUACAAACUUGUGUCAACCUCCAUUCCACAUGCCAGUCAGUACAUGGAUAGCGUGCCGCUGUCAUGUUACAUUCCAUAUAAUCUGCUCAUAGAAUCCACACCCAAGAAGUUUUUGUCGCGAAUGUCCUGUGUGUGGAGAUAACCGCUGGCAGGACUCGUUAGCUGAAUGUACCUGCAACCCCAAUGAGUGAUGUCGUUCCCAUUGUGAAUCUAACUCAGUACCCAACGCUUCAAACGCCAGAGCGUUAUCCAUUAAGCCAAG